AUGCCAUUAGCUCAAUCCGGAGCUGUACCAGCAGGUUUCGCCGGUCCACCAGACGAUAAGCAAUAUCAUCCCACGUCUUCGACGUCCAAGGCGUAUGGUAUGGGAGGUGGAGAUCCAUUUGACGAUGAUAUCGAAGGACCAUCAGCCUACGCUUUCUCCGCUCCUGGAUCAGGGCCAUAUGCCGCUCAGAAAAAACGCUCAAGAUGGCAGAGAAUAAGGGAGGAUCAUCUAACGGAUGUAGACUGGACAUUUGGUUUGAAUAAGAUGCUGGGGAGAAGAGGGAAAUUCGAUGGUGUGCCGAGGGAAAUAUCGUUGAAUGAUGCUGAAGGAAAUAGGGUAAAAGGUUAUGAGAAGAAUUCUGUCACGACUGGAAAAUACGGUCCAAUAACUUUCUUGCCGAAGUUCCUGUUUGCUGAAUUCUCUAGAUCUGCGAACUUGUUUUUCUUGUUCACUGCAAUCAUCCAGCAAGUCCCCAACGUGUCUCCUACCGGUAGAUAUACGACUAUAGUACCUCUUGCUGUCGUGCUCAUAGCGAGUGCGUUCAAGGAGAUCAAGGAGGAUCUGAAACGGCAUGCAUCUGAUCGGUCUCUCAACAACAGUAUAGCUCAAGUGCUCAUCAAUCAAGCAUUCCAACCUAGACCCUGGAGGAGGAUACGUGUCGGAGAUAUAGUUAGAUUAGAAUCCAACGCUUUCAUACCUGCAGAUAUGGUCUUGUUGAGUAGUAGUGAACCUGAGGGUUUAUGUUAUAUAGAAACAGCCAAUCUGGACGGAGAGACCAAUUUGAAGAUCAAGCAGUCUCACCCUUCCACAGCUACACUCACCAAUCCUCAGGCAGUUUCCCUUCUUCGAGGUCAUCUUCUUUCCGAAGCUCCGAAUUCAUCCUUAUAUACAUACGACGGUACAUUCCAUCUUUCAUCGACCCACCCUGGCGCAGCUCCCACCAAAAUACCUGUUGGACCCAAUCAGAUGUUGUUACGAGGUGCUCAGUUGAGAAAUACAGAAUGGGUGUACGGAGUAGUCGUCAAUGCGGGUCAUGAGACGAAAUUGAUGAGGAAUGCAACGGAUGCACCUGUCAAAAGAACGGCUGUCGAGAGACAGGUCAACAGGCAGAUUCUCUAUCUUUUCGUUUUAUUGCUCAUUCUGUCACUGGUGUCGACUAUCGGAGGAAGUAUAAGAACGGCAUUCUUCAACAACAAGAGCUGGUACUUGCGGCUGGCUGGUGAAAGUCCAAACAAGGCAAAGCAAUUCAUUGAGGAUCUCCUGACAUUUAUCAUCUUGUAUAACAAUCUCAUUCCCAUAUCUCUGGUCAUGACAAUGGAAGUCGUCAAGUUCCAGCAAGCUUCGCUCAUCAAUUCCGAUCUAGACAUGUAUUAUGCUCCUACCGAUACUCCUGCGCUAUGCCGAACGUCUUCUUUAGUAGAGGAGUUGGGUCAAAUAGCCUACAUUUUCUCGGAUAAGACUGGAACCUUGACAAGAAACGAAAUGGAGUUCAGGGAAUGCUCGGUGUUUGGUACGAUGUAUGCUCAGACGGUUGAUGAUAAUAAGAGGGAAAUGGGUCAGAAAACUUUCGAAACGCUGAGACAGAGGUGUAUGGAAGAUAGUGAAGAAGGUGCCACUCUGAGAGAGUUCUUGUCAUUACUUGCUGUCUGUCAUACCGUCAUCCCCGAAGAAAGAGAAGGUAAAAUGGUAUAUCAAGCGUCGAGUCCCGACGAAGCUGCUUUGGUCUCCGGUGCUGAGAUGUUAGGUUAUCGAUUCCAUACUCGAAAACCCAAAUCCGUUUUCAUAGAUGUCAAUGGUCGAUCAGAAGAGUACGAAGUUCUGAAUGUUUGCGAGUUCAACUCUUCUCGUAAGAGGAUGUCGACUGUUGUGCGAGGUCCUGAUGGGCGGAUCAAGCUAUACACCAAAGGAGCGGAUACAGUAAUUUUUGAGCGAUUGGCUCCUGAUCAGCAAUUGACUGAAUCGACUCUGGUGCAUCUCGAAGAUUACGCAACAGAAGGUCUUCGAACUCUUUGCUUAGCUUAUCGAGAGAUAUCAGAAGAUGAAUAUGCGAAAUGGUCAAUGAUGUACGAUAACGCGGCGGCUCAGAUGCACGGCCGAGCAGAAGCUUUAGAUAAAGCUGCGGAGGUGAUUGAACAGAACUUGAACUUACUUGGUGCGACAGCUAUCGAAGAUAAACUUCAGGAUGGUGUACCGGAUGCGAUCCAUACUUUACAACAAGCUGGUAUCAAGAUUUGGGUUUUGACUGGAGAUAGACAAGAGACAGCUAUCAACAUCGGUCUAUCUUGUCGAUUGAUCUCUGAAUCAAUGAACUUGGUCAUAAUUAACACUGAUACUGCCACCGAAACCUCCGAGCUCCUGAACAAACGUCUGUUUGCUAUCAAGAAUCAAAGAAUGGGUGGUGAUGUCGAAGAACUAGCUUUGAUCAUCGAUGGCAAGAGUCUAACAUAUGCUUUGGAGAAAGAUUGCGCAGACGUCUUCCUAGAAUUGGCUGUUAUGUGCAAGGCUGUCAUUUGCUGCCGAGUAUCGCCUCUACAGAAAGCCCUCGUUGUCAAGUUGGUCAAGAAGAGUACCGAUGCACCUCUUCUCGCCAUUGGUGAUGGUGCGAAUGAUGUCAGCAUGAUUCAAGCUGCUCAUGUCGGAGUUGGCAUAUCGGGUGUAGAGGGUCUACAAGCUGCCCGAUCUGCCGAUGUUGCCAUUUCUCAAUUCAGGUUUUUGAGGAAACUGUUAUUGGUUCAUGGAUCUUGGAGUUAUCAGAGAUUGACCAAGUUGAUUUUAUACUCUUUCUACAAGAAUAUAACAUUCGCCUUGACCCUUUUCUGGUACUCAUGGUUCAAUGAUUUCUCCGGUCAAAUCUCAUUCGAAGGAUGGUCAAUGUCCUACUACAAUGUCGUCUUCACGAUCUUACCACCUUUGGUCAUUGGUAUAUUCGAUCAAUUCGUCUCUGCGAGAAUGUUAGAUAGAUAUCCUCAAUUAUAUCAAUUAGGUCAAACCAACCAUUUCUUCACUCCCGUGAGAUUCUUCUAUUGGGUAGGAAAUGCCUUCUAUCACAGUGUGGUCUUGUUUCUCUUCUCAGUACUGGUAUUUUACAAUGAUCUGAUCGCCUCGGAUGGUAAAAAUUCUGGCUUAUGGGUAUGGGGUACUACACUGUACCUUGCAGUCCUUUUGACCGUUUUGGGUAAAGCCGCUUUGAUAUCAGACGUCUGGACGAAAUAUACUCUUGCCGCCAUUCCCGGAUCUUUCGUCUUUACGAUGAUUGCCCUUCCCUUAUACGCCAUCAUUGCACCCCUGUUGAACUUUUCGCUGGAUUAUAAAGGGAUAGUACCUAGAUUAUGGGCAGAUGCGGUGUUCUACUUCUGCCUCAUCUUGUUCCCUGUGGUCUGUCUAUUAAGAGAUUACGUAUGGAAAUACUACUCGAGAACUUAUCAUCCUACUUCGUAUCAUAUUGUCCAAGAAAUCCAGAAAUUCAAUUUAUCAGAUUAUCGACCUAGACAAGAACAAUUCCAAAAGGCGAUCAAGAAAGUCCGAGCCACUCAACGUAUGCGAAGACAGAGAGGAUUCGCCUUCUCCCAAACGGAGACUAACGAUCAGGAUCAGACUAGGUUGAUCAGAGCAUACGAUACGAGUGUAGCUAGACCUUCGGGAUAUUAG